AUGAUAGAAGAGGACAAUCUUGAACAAGGAAUGGCAGAAGCAGUUGUAUCCGGCAUUCUUCAACUAGUUAUUGAAAAACUAGCAUCGCCAAUCCUAGAAAAGUGUAAACUGUUAUCAACCAUACAAGCAGUGCUUGAAGAUGCGGAGGAGCAGCCGGUAAAGAGCAAGGCGUUACAGAAUUGGCUGGAAAAGCUUAAAGAUGUGGUUUAUGAUGCAGAUGACACAUUGGAUGAGUUCACAAUAAUUGAAGCGGACGCAGAAGCAAAAGUGGAAGCUAAACGCAGAAAAUUGCAGAUCGGCACCUUCUUUUCAGCAUCGAACCUGGUGUCCCGUUCAAAUAUGGCAGAUAAGAUAAAGGAGAUAGGGCAGAGAUUAGAUAAGAUUGCUGAAGAGAGGUCUCAAUUCCAUUUGAUAGGGGGAGAACGGGUGUCGGAUAUUAAAGGCCGAGAACCAACUGAUUCAUUUGUAAUCGAAUCAGAUGUUUAUGGAAGGGAAGAAGAUAAAAGAAGGGUAAUGGAAUUACUGAUUAGCAAUGAUAACGGAGAGGAUGUUACAGUCAUCCCCAUAGUCGGUAUGGGGGGCCUUGGGAAGACCACACUCGCUCAAUUAGCUUACAAUGACAAGAGGGUAGCAACGCAUUUUGUAUUAAGAAUGUGGGUUUGUGUGUCGGACGAUUUCAGUGUGAGUAGGGUAACAAAAGAUAUCAUCAAGUCAUUAGCAAGAAAUGGCGGGGACAAAUGUAAUCUUCAAAACAUGGAUCAACUGCAGCAUGACCUCCGAGAAAAGCUGAGUGGGAAGAAGUUCUUACUUGUGUUGGAUGAUGUAUGGGAUGAAAAUCCCGAGAAAUGGUAUCGGUUGAAACAAUAUCUCAGAGGAGGUGCAAGGGAUAGUAAAAUCAUAGUAACUACCCGUAAUGAAAAAGUUGCUUUAAUCAUGGGCACUCUCCCUUCGCACCAUUUGACAAGAUUAUCAGACGAUGAUUGUUGGUCUCUGUUCAAGCAGCGGGCGUUUGGGCAUGGAAGACAAGAACAUCCAAACCUUAUAAUGCUUGGAAAAGAAAUUGUGAAGAAGUGUGGGGGCAUCCCUUUGGCAGCGAAGGCGCUCGGAAGCCUGAUGCACUCCAAAACAGAGGAAAGAGAGUGGUUGUUUGUUAAAGAAAGUGACAUUUGGAAUCUAGCCGAAGAAGAUAAUCACAUUUUACCUGCUUUGAGGUUGAGUUAUUAUUAUCUUCCACCACAUUUGAAGCAAUGCUUUGCAUACUGCUCAAUAUUUCCAAAAGAUUAUCAAAUCAAGAAGGAGAAGCUAAUCCGACUAUGGAUGGCAGAAGGUUUUAUUAAAUCAUCAGGCAGAAGUCAACAAAUAGAAGACGUCGGUGGAGAGUAUUUCAAUAAUCUAUUAUGUCGGUCCUUCUUUCAAGAUGUUCACAAAAAUGAAGAUGGGAAUAUCGUAUGGUGCAAGAUGCAUGACCUCGUGCAUGAUCUUGCAUGCUCUGUUGCUGGUAAUGAAUGCUCGAUUGUGCAGGAAAAGAAUGCGGUACUGAGUAUCCCUAACAGAUCUCGUCGUUUGUUGUUGGAUUGCGGGGAUAACAAAUGUGUCCUAACAGACCCAGAGCCCUCAAUGACAGCAAACCAUUUGCGAACGCUGCUUGUGCUUGGAAGUCGGUAUUUCAGCAUUCCUCAUAAUGUUUUGGUACAUUUUAUGUUCCUACGUGUGCUAGAUUUAAACCGUGUGAAGGUCACCACGGAGAUGUUGGUUUCAAUCAGCAGGUUGAAGCACUUAAGAUACCUCGGGUUCUCUUUUAGCAAACCCCUUCCUGAAUCCAUCUGCACCCUUCACCAUUUGCAAACCUUGAGACUCUCAAGUUCGUAUUUUCUUGCAGAGUUACCCAAGGACAUGAGCAAAAUGACUAGCCUAAGACAUCUUGAAAUGGACAACUAUCAUGGAUGGACCCAUACGCCAGCUAAUAUGGGAGAAUUAAAGUUCCUUCAGACCUUGCCAAUAUUCAUAGUUGGUAAGGAUAGUGGAUGUGGUAUAAGAGAGUUGCAAGGUCUAAACCUUGGAGGAGAAUUGACUAUUCAAAACCUCGAGAAUGUGAUGUGUGCAGCAGAUGCCCAGGAAGCAAACUUGAAGGAUAAGCCGAACCUUUGUGAGUUACGCUUUUCAUGGGGUCAGGAUAUUGAUCUUCAGUUGGAAGGAAAUGUCGAGCAAACCCUUGAAGGUCUCCGACCACAUCAAAAUCUCAAAAGGUUGACUGUGGAAGAGUACAUGGGUGUCAGAUUUCCGCGUUGGAUGUGUUCUUCAUCACUUCCAAAUCUGAUUGAAGUUUCAGUGAUUAAUUGCAGAAGAUGCAAACAACUCCCCCCGCUCGGCCACUUACCAUUCCUGAAGGUUCUUGUGAUACAAGGAAUGGAUGCCGUGAAAUCUAUUGGCAACCAUUUCUAUGGCGGCAAUGAUGUCACAGAGUCAUUCCCAUCACUGAAACAACUCACCAUCCAAGAUAUGCCUAAUUUAGAGGAGUGGUCAGGAUCCAAUGGAAGAGUACUCCCCUGCCUUAACCAAUUAACUGUCUGGGAAUGUCCAAAGUUAACAACACGUCCAUGCCUUCCAUCUCUGAAAGAAUUGCUAUUGAGGAAUGGUAAUGAGAUGUUGUUAGGUUCAGUGGCAAACCUAUCCUCACUUUCCUCCCUCAAGGUUGAAGGUUUCAAGGAGCUAAGGUCGUUACCAGAAAUUUGGGAAUGCCCAAAGCUAGAGUCUCUGUCUAUUCAUCGGUGUGAUAAGCUGGCAAUGUUGCGAGAGGAGUUACAAAACCUCACCUCUCUCAAGAAUCUAUAUAUUUAUGGGUGCAAUGGUCUAAAGUGCUUGAGACUACAAGGCUUGAGCUCUCUUCAAAGUCUAUUCAUCCAGGGGUGUCAAAGCUUAACGAGUUUGAUAGGGGGACUGCAACACCUCACUGCCUUACAAUCCUUGACAAUUAUGUAUUGUCAGGAGCUGGAAUAUUUACCAGAGGAUAUGCAACACCUUACUUCCCUUCAACGACUCACCAUAUGGAACUGUCAGAAGUUGACAUGUUUGCCGGAAGGGCUACGACAUGUCACAACACUGGAAGAUCUAUCAAUUUCUUACUGUCCAAGUCUAACGGCUCUGCCGGAGUGGAUAGGAAACCUGUCAUCGCUUCGAUCUUUGGGAAUUUACAACUGUUCUCAAUCGGAGUGUUUGCCAGAGGAGUUACAAGGCUUGAGCUCUCUUCAAAAACUAUACAUCCACGGGUGGGAAAGCACAACGAGUUUGAUAGGGGGACUGCAACACCUCACUGCCUUACAAUCCUUGGAAAUUAAGUAUUGUCGGGAGCUGGAAUAUUUACCAGAGGGUAUGCAACACCUUACUUCCCUUCGAAAACUCACCAUAUGGAGCUGUCAGAAGUUGACAUGUUUGCCGGAAGGGCUACAACAUGUCACAACACUGGAAGAGCUAGAAAUUUCUACCUGUCCAAGUCUAACGGCUCUGCCGGAGUGGAUAGGAAACCUGUCAUCGCUUCGAUAUUUGGGAAUUUUCGGUUGUCCUCAAUUGGAGUGUUUGCCAUCAGGGUUGCAACUCCUAACAAAUCUCCAACGUCUAAGAAUCAGAAACUGUCCCCAAUUAGAGAAGCGAUGCGAGAAGGAGAAAGGCGAGGAUUGGCACUACAUAUCACACAUCCGACAUAUCGAAUAG